GGAGCAGGAGGUGGGGAAAGGAGGGGAAAGGAGGAGGAGGAAGGAGGAAGGAGGAGGAGGCGGGUCUCAGGAGAUAUACCCAGGCACGGUUCUCCCAGCCAGUCAUUCGAGGAGCAGCCAGCGGAACAGCGAUGGCGCGUCGCGAGGCAAUACUGACGGCGGUGGUGAUGAUGGCGGCGGCGGCGAUGGCGUUGACUGUUUCCCCAGAGACACAGACAUCCCCAGUGGCAGUCGGGUUGGGGCCAAAAGGCGAAGAUUGGCGUUACCCAAAAUACAUCGUGGACCCUCGAAUCAAGUGUGUCAGCGAGGGCACCUUCCCGCACCCCAGGAACUGCAGCUGGUAUUACAGGUGCGUGGACAGGAUGAAGGUCGGCUUCUACUUCACCUACUACUUUGAGUGUGAGCCGGGGACGGUCUUUGACGAUUUCCUCGACCAGUGCGUCUUCCCACACCUUGCCUCAGCCCCCUGCGGCAAUAUCACAUUAUCAACCCCAGCUCCAGUAACCAAACCCCCUACAGUUUCAACCGUCAGUACCACCUCCACAUCCACGACCACAACAACCACAACAACGGUAGCACCCACAGGCACAACCCCUUCCGUAACGGUCCCCCUCACAUGCAAGUUCCACGAGCGCCACUGUAAGAGGCUCGAGUACUGCCUGCCUACUAAAGUCGUGAGGAACCUGUGCACGGGCUGCGACAUCGGCAUCAUCACCCUCUCCGCCGAACAGUUCUGUGGAAAAGCCAACACGGUGUACGACAAGGACGCCAAUAAAUGUGUAGAGAAGCCCCCAGACUCGAACCUCUGCCCCGCCAUCAUCACCCCCUUCACCACCUCCAGCACCACCCCCAGCACCACAACCACCACCACAACCACCACCACCACCCCGGCCGGGGUUGGCGUGCCCAUCACGGGCAGCAACACCUUCACGUGCUCCUACAGCAAGCCCAUCCCAGACGAACCCUGGAUCAGGAGGACCUUCUGCGAGAAAUUUAUUCUCUGCGAUGCAAACAAGAAGUUCAAGGCCUUCAAGGAGCUGUGCACGAGUUACUACGAGUGCAGCAGGACGCCUCAACAGACUUGGACUUACUCCGAGAAGUCCUGCCCGGGCGUGGACUUCUUUUACAGCUUCGAGGCGAACGCCUGUGUGAAGCUCAACCGAGCGGAGCUUUGCUAAUGGGACGGAGACUCGGCUAAACAACACCCGCGACGCUGGGGCCAAGACAGGACUCAAGGGCGCCGCGCUGAGACCUCUGGCGCUGCAGCAGGGACCGGGGGAUGAUGGAGGGGAAGGGGGUGGAUCUACAUGUCCUCCCCCCUUUCCUUCCCAACGCCUUAAUGCCCCCUAGCGUGUGUGUUUGUAAUGAGGUCCCCCUGCUCCUCUUUUACUUUUUUCUCUCUCGAUACAAGACUCCUACUGUUAUUCCUCUUCUUCCUCCUCCUCCACCCCCUCCUCUUCCUCCUUCUCCUCCUCCUUUCUUUUCAAACUCAAUACUAAUUUCCUCUUCUUGUUCUAUUUUUUCCUCCUCUAUUUCUUCGUCUUAUGAUUAUUACUAAUUACUACUGUUAUUAUUAAUGUUAUUGCUACUGCUACUUUUACUGCUGAUGAUGAUUCUGUUGCACACACACACACACACACACACACACACACACACACACACACACACACACACACACACACACAGACGUCUCUCCCUCCACGAAGUUUUGUUGUUCUUGUUGUUGUUUUAUUUAUGUUCUUGUUUUCAUAAUUAGCAUUUACUCUAUCGUUAGUGUACUCAGUGUUGAUGAAGCUUUCAGUGACGUGUUAUUUAAUCUGUGUCUGUGUUUUAUUUAAUUGUCGUAUUACUAUUAUUAUUAUUAUUAUUAUUAUUAUUAUUAUCACUAUUAUUAUUAUUAUUAUUAUUAUUAUUAUUAUUAUUAUUAUUAUUAUCAUUAUUAUGUUUUACUUAAUUAUCAUAUCCGUCUCUCGCCUGUUUUGGCUUGUUUCCCUCAGUUUAGUUCUCACGGUCGUCCUGUGCCAUGAUUUCAACUGUACUCAUGUCAGACUA